GAUCGCGUGAGCUUUGUCGACUAAAAAGUCUCGAUUUAAGCAGCCACAAUUAAUUUUCGUUUUGUGAAGUGAACAGAAACCAUGUUAUAAAAAAAAAAAACAGCUAACCAAGCCCACGAAUACGAAAAAAAAAAAAUUUAAAAAUACAAAAGAAAUGUGUGUAGUGUAAUGAGCAAACAGCAAAUCAUGUGAAAAACCACAAUUUAUGCUCGAGUGACAAGAAAAACAAAACGAAUUUUACGUGGCAGUUCAUUUUCGCCGAGAAGAUGCCAAUUGAUUUUGAUUUUCGCAAAUUAUAACGAGACAUUUAUAUGAUUUGAUAGCGAGCCAGAAAUUCGCAAACAAUUCGCGGUGACCAGGCAAGGUCAUAUCGAUUGUCAUCAGCUGCUGUCGGCACCCCACCGCCCAACGCCCAACGCCACCCACCACCCACUUUCCACCUCCCAGUCACCAAGAGCCCCACUGAAAAGCCAAACAGAGCAAAUAUGCCAAGCUUACACGAGCAAAGGAGGUGCUUGCACCAGAUGCUAAUAAUAUGUUUACUCGUAUUUGUUCCCAGUGCAACGACACUUGGCCAGGAUCCGCUGCCGGAUGUGUGUGAGGCGAUUAAAUGCCCGCCGGACGCCGAAAUGCAAUGCCCGGCGGACAGUUCGGUGCGCGUGAACCUCGUUGCGGUGGACUUGAUUAAAUCGAAUGCGGUGGAGCUGCCGGCCAGCGGUGAUACUUCAUCAUCAUCGCCCGAUGGAGUAUCUGCAGCGGUGUCGUACAAUAGCACCCUGAUCUCCGACAAGGAUUUCGUCCAGUGCUGUUUGAAUCGCAAGUGUGUGUGCAAAACUUGCUACAUUCCGGACUGCGCUUCAGAUGCGGUUGCGGAUGCGGAUGCCGAUGAAGUGGUGGUGGAGCUGGUGCCGGAAAAUAUGCAGACACCCGGACAAUGUUGCGGCACCUACGAAUGCCGGACGGAACCGAAUUGCACGGUGGCCCGCGACACGAACUUCCACUGGCUGAAGCAAUGCCAGCGCUGCAACUGCACCUCGGGACUAAAGAUUUGCCACCAGACGUGUGACGAGAAAUCCGAGAGCGUGUGCGCCUCCAAGAUUCCGGGAGUGUUCUACAAUGAUGGGGAAACCUGGACGGAUGCCUGCCAGGAGUGUGAGUGCGUGAAGGGCGAACCGAAGUGCACAAUGUCCUUUUGCGGCAAUCUCAAUUGCCCAAGCGAAAGGCAGGUCAUGCUUAAGGAUACCUGUUGCCCGGUCUGCUGGCCCAAAUGUGCACCCAUGCCGCAUGAAAAGCAGGGCGAUGAUUCCUACAUUGAUUAUGGCGAUGAACCUGAGGCACCAGAAGAAGAUCCAUUGCCGCCACUGCUGCCCGAUCCAAUGACCACUAAGGGAAAUGCAGAGCUUAUAGCCACCACAACAACAACUUCAACGACAACCACAACCACUGCUGCACCGCUGGCCACCAGCAACUGCCACAAUGCCUUCGAUCAACCGAAAGUCGUGGAGGUGGUUAGCCAAAACAACCUAUAUUAUUAUGGGCUUCUGGCCUAUGCGGGCAUAGCCACCAUUGCCAUUGGGAUUAUGGGCUUCCGCAUUUACCAGCAGCGUGCCAAGAAACGUUCCUACAAUCCGGUCUCCAUUCUGGACCACAGCAUCUGAGCAAGAGAUCUUUCGAAAUACUAAUAACAAUACUAAUAGAGAAGAAAAGUUGCACUUAGACCUAAGUAUUUUGCUUUUUUCCAACUAAAUGUUGUUUGCUUUUUCAAAGUGUGGCCACACUGGCUGUUGAAAAUGUUAUCGGUGCGUGCAAGCCAGGCCUGGUCACUUUAAAACAUUCAGUUUGAUCGCUUAGAUUGGAAUACCAAACAGCCAAGUCCUUCUAAUGCCUUUGCUUUUGUUUGUUUGGUAUUGAUCUCAUUUUAACUUUUUACUUUUCACUUGCAACACAACAAAAAUAAAUUAAUCGAAAAGAAAACGAUAAGCAACGAACUUCCGCAGCAACAAAAUCAAAGUAUUCUUAUGAAAUUACGAAAAAAAUAUUUAAUUAAAAACGAAACAAGAGUUACUAUUACUAAGCAAACGCAAAUGACGUAUGUACAUACUGUAUGCUUUCGCCUUCCACGGGAAAUACACUUUUAUUCAGUUUAAGAAUUGUAUUUAAGAGAACUAUAAUACCAAAUCAUAUUUACGAGCGAGCAAGCAAAAAGGAAAGGAGUAACUUGCUCGAGACACGUCUUAGUUUUUAGUUUUAGCUCUUAAUUUAGGAAGUAUGUGAUAUAUACGCUAAUUAGCCUACGUAAUUUGUCAACCAAGGCACGCUGCUGUUUGUAUAAAAUGGAAAACAGUAUUUGCAACACAAGUCCCGAAAGCCCCGGAACGAAAACGAAAAGGAAGAGCAUCGCAAUCGCAAAUGGAGGUUCAACUUUAGCUAAUGUCAUAACGUUGCCACAUUAAUGUAUACUGUAAAAACUUUAUUUAAAUUUAUGUUUAAUAAUAAACCAUGAUUGGUAUGCAAAGCGAGGGAACCAAUUAAA